CCCGGAAAUUCAAGCCGGGCGUGCUGUUUCGUUGACUCCGGGAAGGGAGGAUGGCGGGAGCGAUGCGGGUUCGCCUGGUUUCGCUCGCCCUUUGCAAGCGUCCAAUGUUUCCACCGUGUUGCUUCCUGCGCUGCUGUCCGGUCCGGUCGCUGGUCAUCCCACCCCCGAUCAGACAGAAGGGCUUCAAGAAAUCUGGGCCAGUAACUUGGAAGAGUUUAGCAGUCACGGCUGUGAUUGGAGGAGGGUUGCUAGGGGUACUGAAAUAUUUGAAGAAAGAGAAAGAAGCAGCAUUGGAGAGAGAGAGUGUCCGAUCCAUUGGAAAGCCUUUGUUAGGAGGCCCUUUCUCACUUGUUGAUCACCAUGGACAACCGAAAUCAGACCGUGAUUUUCUGGGCCAGUGGGUUUUAAUCUACUUUGGUUUUACACAUUGCCCUGACAUUUGCCCAGAGGAACUGGAAAAAAUGAUACUAGCAGUGGAUGAAGUUGAUAGUAUUGCGUCUUUGCCUAAUGUCACUCCACUCUUCAUCACCAUUGAUCCAGAGAGGGACAAUGAAGAAGCCAUUGCCAAAUACGUUAAAGAGUUUUCACCAAAGUUGAUUGGAUUGACCGGUACGAAAGAACAGAUUGAUCAAGUGUCUCGAGCUUAUCGUGUCUACUACAGCCCAGGUCCCAGAGAUGAGGAUAAUGAUUACAUAGUGGAUCACACUAUCAUAAUGUACCUUGUUGGGCCUGAUGGCGAAUUUGUUGAUUAUUUUGGCCAAAAUAAGAACAGCAUUCAAAUUUCUGCCAGCAUCCUAAAGCACAUGAAACAAUACAAGAAAGAGUAAGGGACUUAGUUUUCUGACUAAGCAAGUUUAAAAUGCAGCUUGUGACAUUGAUUGGAGGAAAUACUCAUAGAGGUGGUCUGCUGCGGUGUCCUCUUAGUGCAGUUGAAUUUACUAAACCUGUACCUACAGAUUAAGACUCAGUUCUGAAGAGAAGCUGGAUGUCUUUCACCAAUGAUACUUCAUCUGGAUAUGCCUUAGCCAUACAGUGGCUUGUUAAUGUUAAUGUUGAUGCAGAUUUACUCAGAAAGAGCCACCAAACAUAAACCACAAUGAGAACUUCUUCAUGAGAAGUUCUUGUUCUUGACCUGCUGAAGAGCACCUGUUGAACUGACCUGUACUGAAGAUACGAUUGGGAUUUAUCUUCUCUCAAGUUUUUUGCACUCCUCCUAGGAAGCGGAGCUUCUGGUCCUUUCUCAAUGAACAUUUCCAGAGUGUCCCUUUUCAUUUUUUAAACAUUCAGUAGUUUACAAUAUGGCUGCUAUUAAGCAACAUGGCAGGAUGGGAACCUUCACUCUAAAAUCAAAUGUGGCGCACAGAUGAUGAAAUAAAGUGAAAGAAACUUAAACUGUGUUCUUGUCUUAAAAUCUCAAAGGAGAUGAGGUAUAAAACAGAACCUGUGACUAAUUAAAUUAGAUAAAUAUGAAUAGAAGGCAAAUGUAUCUGUAUGUGACUACAUAAAAUAGUUGUCCUUUAUCAUCCUCUCACUUAGAUUGAGAAUUAAAAUGUUCAUUGAUUCAUUUUGAACAGCUUGUAUCUGAAAAGUCAUUCCUUGGGAAAGUACCCAGCUAGAUUUAUUUUCCUUCAGACAGGCAUUUUCAUGUAAGAAGAUUCUCCUAGAACUGAAAUAUCUUCUGUGAAGCCAGAUGGGGAAAAAGUGACACUCUUCUUUAAUCUAAGUGUCCAUCAAGAAUUUCCUUGGGUCAGCUUGCACCAAGUGCUUUGGGGACUUUGAUAGAAUUUAAGCCUCAUUCUCAGCUGUUAAGGAUUGUUCCAUGCAUAGAUGGCUCUUCUCUCUACUCUGUGUGAAUGUGGGAGUGAGAAGGAUCAAGA